AUGAAAUUUGAUGCUGGGAAACAAUUUACUUUAACUACUACAUUAACAAAGUGCAACAAGAUCACUUUUCACUUCAAGAGUUCAAAUCUUGCAGUUAAAAAGAUUAGUUAUUCUCCGUGAGAAGACAUGAAAGAAUAUACGUUGCUUCUCUUCUUGGGUUUGUGCUCUGCUAAACAUUUCAUUGGCCUUUCACACUUUACAUUAAAGCAUAUGAUGUUGCAAGAUAUGGAAGAUGAAAAUGACGAUGAUAACUCUUUAUUUCCAACUAGAAGACCAAUUCCUCCACAAGUUCCUUUUGAUAUAUUUCCAGUAUGUCCCUUUGGAUGUCAGUGUUAUAUGAGAGUUGUCCACUGCUCUGAUCUUGGUUUGACUUCAAUACCAAGCAAUAUUCCACCUGAUACUCGCAUGAUAGACCUUCAAAACAACAAAAUUAAAGAGGUCAAGGAAAAUGAUCUCAAAGGACUCACAUCACUUUAUGCACUGGCUUUGAACAACAACAAAAUAUCUAAGAUCCACCCAAAAGCCUUUCAAUCAACAAAGAAGUUGCGACGAUUGUACUUGUCCCAUAACCAGCUAACUGAGAUCCCAGCAAAUCUGCCAAAAUAUUUAGCAGAGCUACGGAUUCAUGAUAAUAAGGUUAAGAAAGUACAAAAGGAAGCAUUUCAAGGAAUGAAGGCUUUACAUGUUUUGGAAAUGAGCGCAAAUCCUCUGGACAAUGAUGGAAUAGAACCAGGUUCUUUUGAAGGCGUGACAGUCUAUCACAUCAGAAUUGCAGAAGCUAAACUGACCUCAGUUCCCAAAGGGUUACCAUCCUCUUUACUAGAGCUUCAUCUAGAUGACAACAAAAUUACUGCAGUUGAACUUGAGGAUUUUAUUCGGUACAAAGAUCUUCAAAGGUUGGGACUGGGAAACAAUAAAAUCAAAGAUGUGGAAAAUGGAAGUUUUUCCAGUAUACCAAAUGUACGAGAAAUACAUCUAGAAAACAACAAACUGAAAAAGGUUCCUCCUGGACUACCUGAUCUGAAAUAUCUGCAGGUUGUCUUCCUUCACUCUAAUAAUAUUGCAAAAGUGGGCGUAAAUGAUUUCUGUCCAACAGGAGGAAGCACGAAGAAGACAUUAUACAGUGGCAUUAGCUUAUUCAACAACCCUGUGAAAUACUGGGAAGUUCAACCUGCAACGUUCCGUUGUAUUUUAGGCAGAAAUAGCGUGCAGCUUGGGAAUUACUGA